GAUGGCGCCGGAGUAAGCCGACCGCUUUUCCCGUCUCUUCCUUCCGAAUUCCGGAACGAGGGACGACGACGUUUUAUUAUUACUUCCGGCGGCCCACCGCGCAUUAGUACGCCGUUUACCUACGGAAAAAGGAAAAUUUAAAACGGUGGCCGAGUAACCGCCGAGAGGGGGCGCCACGGACGGCGGGAGAGACGUGGCGGCCAGGCGGAAGAAGGAAGAUUUCGUCUUUGGUCGGUUGGAAGUUAUCGGGAGAUCGUUGGACGGGGAGGGGGACCCCGGGCAGAAAAGAGGCGAAGGAAGGAGGGUCCCGCAUGCAUAUUUCCGUCGACGUCCGGCCGGGCGGUCGGACGGCCCGCGUCUUGCUGCUGUUGUCGUGGUGCGUGGCGGGGACGGCACCCGGCUCCGGAAACGCCACCGCGGAUCCAGAGAAAUGCAAGACUCGCUUUCUGUACGGAUCGAAGGGAACGAUUUCCAGUCCCGGAUAUCCGGACUCCUACUCCAACCACACCUCCUGCGACUGGUACAUUUUCGGCAAACCCGGACAAGUCGUCACCAUCAGUUUCGACCAGGUGGACAUAGAGGAGGACCGGUCCUGCGGGAAUCCGCCCUGUUGCAACUACAACUGGUUAAAAAUCGGAUCCAAGUUCAACGCUAAAGGAAGAAGGUACUGCGGACAGAAGGGUACGACGCCGCCCCCUUUCUUCUCCGUCGGCAGUCGAGUCUGGAUCAAAUUUCACGUGUCCAACGUGGCCAGAGGCGGCAGGGGAUUUCGGCUUUCCUACAUCAUAAGUUCCAAGCGGGCGGAGUCUUGCGGGGAAGACGAAUUUCACUGUUCCGAUUCCGGCUGCAUCCUGAGUCGGUGGCGGUGUAACCGCUUCAACGAGUGCAGGGACGGCUCCGACGAGAGGUUCUGUCCGGACAAAUGUCCGGACGACUUUCUCCGCUGCCGCUCGGGCGCCGGCUGUUACUCGGCCGAGGGACACUGCGACGGAAAGGCCGACUGCCCGGACCUGAGCGACGAACUGGACUGCGCCUUCUGCGGCCGGAACCGGGUCCGCUGCGGACCGGGCUCCCUGCGGUGUUACCAUCCCUCCGCCCAGAGAUGCGACAGGGUGACGGACUGCGAGAACGGAGAGGACGAGAAGGGUUGCUUCGGCUGCGGAGACAAGAUGGCCUGUUCUUCCGGAAGGGGCUGCUACUCCGGGGUGCAGCGGUGCAACGGGGUGGCCGAGUGCGGCGACGACUCCGACGAGAUCAACUGCGGACCCGAGCGCUGCAAGUCGGACGGGGGAGGCUUCCUGUGCGCCAACGGACGCUGCAUCCGAGAGAUUUGGAAGUGCGACCGGACGGACGACUGCGGCGACGGCUCCGACGAACGAAACUGUAAGCCACUUCGUCCCCCGCCCGGCGGUGGGCGGCCCCCGGGCUUCCUUUCCAAAUACGCGGAUAUUCCCGUCCGGGGACCGCCCCCCGCUGCUUUUCUUCCCGCUUUAGUUACGUUGGGCGGAAGCGUCGGUAGCCGAGGCCUUCUUCCUCCGGCGGAGGAAAGUCGUCGGCCGUUUUUGUCCGGCGCCCGAGGAAGUUGUUUGGUCCGCGGACUACUUGUUCCUUUUCUUUGCAGGUCUGAAGAACAGCGUGGUGUCGGCAGCGGUGAUGGGUUCUCUGGUGUGCGGCCUGCUGCUGGUGGUGGCCGUGGGCUGCACCUGUCGCCUCUAUUCCCUCAGACUGGUGGAACGUCGCGCCCUCGACCGGGAGACCCAGAUGUCGCGCUUCCUGCCGGAGGCGGUCCAUCCCGAACCGCCACCUUCCUACGCCUCUUCGGUGGGCUGGUACGGCCCCCGCCCUCCCGGCCGCCGGGUUCCGCCUCCGCCUCCUUCGGGAAGAAGGGCCGGGUCGGGGCGGCGCCGGCCCCGUCCCGCCUCUCCGCCCGGCCACCCGGGCAGGGAAGAGGAAGGGGCUUCGGUUCUGGCCGGUCACCCCGCCCGCCGGGAGGAGGCCAAGGGUUGUCCCCGCCGCCCGGCCCGGACGGAGGAGGAGGAGGAAGAGGGCGAAACGGCCGACUGGGACUACGGGUCGGAAGACGGACGGCCUCUGAUGGCCGAGAGGUUUUGAGGUUAUUUAUAGAAGAGAAGCCAUUUUAUAUUUGUAUAUAUUUUAAUAAAGCAGAGUUUAUAUUUAUUUUCUUAUUCCCGAAAGAUUUAUCGAACGGUUCCGUUCUUUCUCCCACCGCCUCUUAAAUUUCCUACCGCCGACGAUUUUUGGAGGCGCGGCGCGGAUCCCGGACGGUUUACGGUAUUUUCGGAAAGAAACGGACCGGAGGAAACCUCAGGGCGUCCGACGGUACGUACCGUACGUUGGGUCGGAGUGAGAGUAAACGGCGCGGCCGCCAUUAGUGCGCGAGUGUUCUACCGGAAACGGCCGGGGCCAAAGAAAAUGCGUGUAGGAUAAUCCGACGUACUU